AUGGCUUCCAUAUUUAGACCUCCAGAGUCUGCUAGACCAAAUUCGAAAUCUCCAAGAUUAAAAUUACCCCAAUCAACAAAAAAUACAACUGAAACGGAUACUCGCGUCAAUGACAUAGAAAACUCAACGCCACCACUUUCAAUUUCCACUAAUAACACUUCAAUAAAUCUAUACGUGCCACCGAGCUCGGGCUCUAUUUCAGCAACGUCAUCAUCAGCUAAAUCGCCGUCAUCUGCAAUAUCAAGCAAAAGAAGACCAUUACCACCACCUUUACCUCAGCUAAAUGUUAACAGCAAUGCAACUGCCAAAAAAAACAGGCCUCCACCAGUAUUGACACCGGUAGAUAUCACAAGUUCUUUGAAAAUGUUAGAAUUGGAAAAUAAAGAUGAAAUGCAUGCGGCUGAAACUGCUAAUAACACACCAUUCAUGAAGAAGGAAUUCAAUGAAUCUGUGGACUCAUAUUUGUCAACAUUUAUAUCAGCAUAUGAUGGAACAAGUAGUAGCACAAACACGAGCCCGGUUAAACCUGCAAAGGAGACCUCUUUGGAUGUCGAUCAACUGGAUGAUGAAUCAUGGAAAUUUAACUACAUGAAUGAUCAAAUUGUUACAUUGGGUAUAUUGGGUGAAGGUGCCGGAGGAUCUGUCUCCAAAUGUAAAUUAAAGGAAGGGUCCAAGAUUUUUGCAUUGAAAACAAUAAAUACAUUAAAUACAGAUCCCGAAUUCCAAAAGCAACUGUUCAGAGAAUUAUUAUUUAACAAAAGCUUUAAAUCAGCCUACAUUGUAAGAUACUAUGGCAUGUUCACCGAUGAAGGAAAUUCAUUAAUAUAUCUUGCAAUGGAGUAUAUGGGUGGAAGAUCACUAGAUGCAGUUUAUAGAAAUCUUUUAAAGAGAGGAGGGAGAAUUAGUGAAAAAGUUUUGGGGAAAAUAUCAGAAUCUGUUUUAAGAGGUUUAUCGUAUCUUCACGAGAAAAAAGUCAUACAUAGAGAUAUCAAACCGCAGAAUAUUCUUAUUAAUGAGUUAGGUGAAGUUAAAUUGUGUGAUUUUGGUGUCAGUGGGGAGGCGGUUAAUUCGUUGGCCACAACAUUCACUGGUACAUCAUUUUAUAUGGCACCAGAAAGAAUUCAGGGCCAACCAUAUAGUGUUACAUGUGACGUUUGGUCACUUGGACUCACUAUAUUAGAAGUUGCAAAGGGUAAGUUUCCAUUUGACUCAGAUAAAGUUCAAGACAAUGCAAACAUUGCACCGAUUGAAUUAUUAGUUUUAAUUUUGACAUUCACACCAGAAUUAAAAGACGAACCAGAAAAUGAUAUCUUCUGGAGUGACUCAUUCAAGUCGUUCAUUGAAUAUUGUUUGAAAAAGGAUCCUGGCGAUAGGCCCUCACCAAGACAAAUGUUAAAUCACCCAUGGAUACAAGGACAAAUGAAGAAAAAAGUUAAUAUGGAAAAGUUUAUCAGAAAAUGUUGGGAACUUGAAAAUUAUUGA